AUGACAGCGGCUCUUGCGAGGUGCAUGCGCGGUAGCGCCAUCCGCACCGCAUGCCUCCUGCCGCAGUCGCCAACGCUGAAGCUGGUCGCAUCCAGGGCUUGGGCGAUACCAGCAACAUCGGUGGUUGCUGCAACCAGAAGUCACCGUAUUUCACAGCUUAGAUACGCGAGCAGCGCAGCGGCAGCACCCAUCACUGAUCCUCCAGAAGAGCACGUUGUCAAUGACGACGCCUUGGCUACUCCCGCUGCUUCGUCGGCUUCUAGCCCGAAAUUCUCCCUGAGGCCGUAUCAAGAGGAGUGCAUCCAGGAAUGUCUCGCCGCACUCGAGAGCGGAGUGACUCGUAUCGGUGUCUCUUCACCCACUGGGAGCGGCAAGACGACCAUCUUCACACAUUUGAUUGACCGGCUACCUCCACGCCCGAACGGUGGCGAUCGCGUGCUGAUCAUGGUCAACUCAAUCGAGCUCGCGCUGCAAGCCGCCAAUGCUGUCACCUCCAUGUUUCCCGACAAGACGGUCGAGAUCGAACAGGGCAGCAAGUACAAGGCAAGCGGACUGGCAGACGUCACAGUGGCGACGUACCAGACGCUAAAUCGCAGCCAACAGCGACUGGACAAGUUUACGCCGAGCUGCUUCAAAGCCGUCGUGGUCGAUGAGGCACAUCAUGCCGCCGCCCCGUCGUAUCUCAAGGUGCUCUCGCAUUUCGAUUCACACAUUGGACUCGACGCCGAGGCACGCGCUGCGACCGACUCGGACGCUGUGCCCGUGUUCGGAUUCUCAGCCACCUUCAGCCGCCACGAUGGACUGGCGCUUGGCAAGGUCUUUGAUCGCAUCGUCUUCCACAAGGACUUCCUCGAGAUGAUCGGAGAGAAGUGGCUGUGUCCUAUCCGAUUCACGUCCAUCAAAGCGGACAUCGACUUGGCAUCAGUCAAGCUGUCCAACUUCAAUGCCGACUUUGCCGCGUCUUCACUCGCUGCCGUUGUCAACACGCCUGUAGUCAAUCGGCUCGUGCUCAAGGCUUGGCUCGACCGCGCGCACAACCACCGACGCUCCACGCUCAUCUUUGCGGUCAACAUCGAGCACGUCCAGGAGCUCACGCAUACCUUCCGUCAGGCCGGCAUCGAUGCCCGCUAUCUGCACGGUGGCACGCCCAUGCUCGAGCGCCGCCAGCUGCUCGAAGACUUUCGCGCGGGCGUCUACCCCGUCCUUGUCAACUGUGCCAUCCUUACCGAGGGCGCAGAUGUGCCUGCUAUCGACUGCGUCCUGCUCGCACGACCCACACGCUCGCGUAAUCUCUUUUCCCAGAUGAUCGGGCGCGGACUUCGUCUCUCCCCCGCUACGGGCAAGCGCGACUGCCUCGUGCUGGACAUCGUCGGCAACAUUGAAAAGGGCGUCGUCUGUACCCCGACUCUCUUUGGCCUGGACGCAGAGGACAUCAUCGAGGACGAGUCGCCCGAGGGUCUGCUCGAGCGCGCACACGAAGCCGAGCAAUUCGACUCCGCUGACGUCGAGGGCGACGCCGACCCGUUCGCAGUCGAGCUCGCCGACCCGACCAAGAUUACAUACAUCGACUACGACGAUCCGCACCAGCUGCAGCAGGCCAUGCUGGCGCGCUCCAGCGUAGUCGAAACCAUGAGCCCCAAUGCCUGGGUCGACUGCGGUGGCCAGACGUACAUCCUUGACGUGCCUCGCUACGGCUUUGUCACCGUCGAGCGUAAAGCCAACUCCGACCACGGCGACGGUUCCGUGCCGGCAGAAGGUGCGGAGUGGACAUCGUGGUUCACGCCGAGCAAUUCGGAUGCGGACGAGGCUGCAGCGUCGAUGGGACGUGAUCCUUCUUCGGGCGCGGGCGGGAGGCGCUGGCCAGGUGCACGGGGCGGCUCUCCAUACCGUCGCCCACGCCACGCUUUGGACGCGCCAACGCUCGAGGCGGCUGUGCGUGGGAGCGACGUGUACGUGCAGAAGAACGUGCUGCGCAAUGCGCCGCAGCUGUUCGCCAUGCUCAAUCGCCGCGCAAAGUGGCGCGCGACCAAAGCAACUGACUCCCAACGUCGACUUGUCGAGAAGCGACUUGGUCUCUCAAAGCCGAGCCAAGAAGCUGAGGGCGACAAGGAUGGGCGGCGUACACGCGCGAUGCGGUCCGCAAGCGAACUCACAAAGGGACAGGCGAGCGUCAUCCUCACUCGCCUCCUGCAUGGCGCCAAGGCCAAGUGGCAGCAGAGAGUCAAGAGACCAUCUGCAUCCGUCGACUCGGAAUCCGUGCCGAUACAGCAGCUAGGGAACGAGCUCGCGCUUGCCUAUCAACGUCGCCAUCACGACGCUGUACUUCAUUCUCGACCCAACACCUUCCGAGCAGCUACGAUGGCCGAGAAUCAAAAGCAUAUGCUACGGCUAUUCAGCACGCUCCGCAACGCGCAUACGGACGAGGAACAGCGCGAGCUUCUCCAAGAGAUCAGCGCGCUUCGUCGCUCCGGCUACCGCUUCGGCCCGGAAGUGGAUCCCGGCCUGUACGUGCCGUUUGGAUGGCACUGGGAUCGUUCUAAGUACGGUCCGUAUCCUGCCGACAGACUGGCAAAGAGCGCGUAUGGAAAGGAUAGGGGCGCACUACGGGAGGAGAUUGAAAAUGCACGCGAGGCACUGGACCAUCAGACUCUGCACGAGGCAGUGGAACAGAAACUAGAGCCUGUGUUCACGGACGAUCCGCUGGUGCUUCGAGCUGCGUUGGAGCUUCAUAGCGAGCGCCUGGCACAGGGCUUGGUGGGUCAGGCAGAGCGAGUGCUUGCUCCGGUCGUCAAGAUCCGCUUGAGACUUCAUGUCGUCCAGCACUGCAUUUUUCUCGCACCACAAGCCGAGAUUCUGCUGGUUCAAUCCUUCCUUCUGACCACAUCCGAUUCCCAACUGCCUCGAAGCCUCGAACCUUCUGGCUUUGCUGCGAUGUGGCAUCCCUCAGUGGCGCACGUCGCGCUCGUUAUGCUCCUCCUACAAGGUAUCCUUGCAAGCGGCCCCGAGGUGGAUAAGGCGACGAUAGGCAGGAAAAUGUUGAAGGACUAUCGAACACACCGGGAAGCCCUCGCUGCUCGAAUGCGCUCGACCUCCUUUUCUCCGCAGACUAGCGCCGAGAAGGAGACUCUCAUGAAGCAGUACUUCUCCACCCUCUCGAACGCCCCUCCUGAAGAACAGCCUAAGCUGCUUCAGAAGGUCAACGACCUUCGUCACGCUGGCUACCGCUUUGGGCCCUCGGUCGAUCCAGGCCUUCAUGUGCCAUUUGGAACUCCUUGGGAGCACACCAAGUUUGGUCCCUAUCCUGCCAAGAGGCUUGCUGAAGGCGCGUACGGCAAGAGCAAGGCAGCUGUGGAGAUCGAGGUGGAAAAUGCGCGAGAGGCACUCGAUCACCAGACGCUGCGCGAGGCUAUGCAUGGACGCAUGGAGCCGGUCUUCACCGAGGACUUGGAGCUGCUCAGGAGCGCCAUCGAUUUCCACACGCAGAGGCUCUUGCAGAACGUCGAAGAGCCUGUCGAGCGCAUCCUCGACUCUGUCCAAAGGCUGGAAGCCUAA